AAACUACUUUAUCUAAAGAAAGAAACUUAAGAAUCUUUUUUUAUGUCAAGAAAUCUGUCACAAUAAUUUUAUCUAUCUAAUAAUAGAAAUCUGUCCUCAGCCUAAAAUUUUCCCCUUCCCCACAUAAACCUAUUCAAGAAAUAAGGAGAUCCUCAGUUAACCAUAAAGACACCCCCAACCCUCUCAUGUCUCUCUCCUACAACAACUUGAAAAAACCAUUAGAACAGUUGGGAGUUGACUAGUUGAUAUGUCAUGGAUGAGAUUAGACUGAUCCAAAAAAAGGCUCAACUAAAAUCAAGAAAUGAUGCCUAUAUUUCCAAGAAAACCAAACACCAAAGUCUUCUCUUGAUGAAAUUAAAGAGGGCUACCACCAAACUAUCCUUUGAGUAAUCUUCAAGCUUUCUUUGAAACCUCUUCUUUUCUACUUUUUUCUUUAUUCUCUUUCAUCUCUCAUUGAAAUAAAGAGAAAAAAAAGGAAAGACUGUUAUGGAAACUCACCAAUUCAUAUACCCAAUUUCUGUAACUGCCCUUGGCCUUGUCUCCAUCACUCUAUGCAUAGUUGCUGAAUUCAAGAAAACAAAGAAGAAAGAUCUGAGGUUUGAUGGGAAAUUGUGUUACUUGCCUGGAAGUACUGUGGCUUUUGAAUUGGGAAUUGGAGCUUUAAUUUGUUUAUUAAUGGCUCAAGUGAUUGGGAACUUGAUGAUAUGCAGAAUAUUCUUCUCAAGGGACAGUUGGAAAGCUAAGAAAAACCCCACCCUGCUUAUUAAUGGCUUCAUUUGUCUUCUUUCAUGGAUCAGCUUUGUAAUGGCAAUAAUAUUAAUAGGGGCAGCGAGUAGCAUGAGCAAAAGUCAGCCAUUUGGUGAAGGAUGGGUUGAUGGUGAAUGUUACAUAGUCAAAGAGGGUGUCUACAUUAUUUCAGCAAUUUUGGUCUUUGUAACUUUGAGCUCAACUCUUGUUCCCCUCAUCUUUAAAAUAAGGAAGAAGAGCCAAGUUGAAAUAAGAUGGCAACAUACCUCAACAAGUUGAAUACAAAAUGCAGAGACAGAUUUAGCAACAGCUAGCUUUACUUAUUCUUUCUGAUAGAGAAUCAAUGCUCUCGAUCCUAAAAGAAAAGCACACAAGAUCCAACUUUAUAUAUAUAGUGCUACAAGUUAAUACAAAUAACAAUCAGUGCAAAUGCAAAUGAGCAAAAAUAUUCUAUUUUAAAGGCCUA